CAAUUUGUCAUUCUCUCACGUUCUCACUGAGCUGCUAAUUUCUACAUGAUCAUUUAUAGUUUGUUAUCUCAUCGCAUAAGUUCAAGUUCGCAAUUCAUCUCGACGAUGAUUUUUAAAAUAUUUGUCAUCAUAAAUGCCUUUACUGUGGGUAGCUUAGCAAGCACAGCCUAUGGAAUAACAGCAAAUUGUGACUAUGGUACGCAUGUAGGCACAAUGGGGCCACUUUCUCGUCCUUAUCGCUGCACAAUUGCUGAGCAACCGGUCAGAGGUGAUGUUGUCAUUGAUAAUGUAAUCGGGAAGCACGAAGCUGGAAAAACGAACACUGACGUUGCUGUUGCAAAUGUCAAGAAUAUCAAAAGUGAUCGAAUUCCAUCUGGACUUGCUGGAUUCUUUCCAAAUGUGGAGGGAAUUUUUGCCUUUGCAAGUUUAAAGACAAUUUUAUUGAACGAAGAUUUGAGAUCUUUCCCAAAAUUAAAGUACAUUGACAUCAGUCAGAACAGAAUCACAAGCUUGCCAUCAGAUGUCUUUGAAGAUAAUCCACAAAUGGAAUGGAUUGAUAUUUCAGAUAAUCGAAUUAAACUUGUUGGAUUGGAUAUCCUUAAGAACCUCAAGAAGCUUCAUUAUGCUAACUUCGGAACAAACUACUGCAUUGAUGAACUUGCUAGAGAUAAGACAGACAUUGAAAGGACAUUGAAGCCACGGUUGGUGUCAAUGUGUCAAUCACAUGAUGUGCCAUAUUUUGGAACUACAAUAUCACCAGGCGGUAAGAUCAGAACUACAAGUUCUUAUGUUAUUGAUGCUUCAGAAGAUACAACAACUGUUAAGCCUGGAUUUUGGAAGAAGAUUUUUGGAUAGAGUGUGACUUUAAUGAGCCUUGAAAUGGAUUUUAGAGAUGCAAUCUGAGCAUCUUGUGUAUCUUGAGUGUACACAAAAAUAUAUUAAAUAAAUUAAAAUACCAAAAAAAUCAAAAACUUUUCUUCAAUUAAAAUAAUUUUUGUGGUCC